GAACUCCAGCACCAUAUUUUGAAGGAGAUCGUCUGCUUCCCAUUAUGAGCAGUAUCCGAUCGAUCUCUUUCACAGCUGCAAAAUUGCUAUGGGACCCAGAACUGAAUCCAUCCUGUCGAACUCCUUUAUAUCGAGUUGAUGGUAUAGUCGAGGGGCAAAAUGAACCAGACUCAGACCCAGUGGUUGAUCCUAGGCGCCCCUUGCAUUUUAGAAAUUUUUGCAAGAAAGCGGUCGUUGAUCUACCGAUCCCGAGUUUCAAGAUUGAUGUAUACUACGUGGGUGAAAAACCAGAAAAAGAGGUCACUUUUUCAAACCUUAACGAUAACAUCACAUUCAAGAACUUAGAAGACAUGUGUCGGCAAUUUGGGACGAUUAUAGAAGCGAAAAUAUACUAUCAUCCAAAAUCACAAUGCCACCUUGGCAUUGGAACAGUUGUAUUUACAUCUUCUAAAAGUGCAAGAGCUUGUGUAGAACACCUUAACCAGACAUCAAAGAUGGGGAAUAUAAUGACUGUACAGGUGGACCCUUUCGGUAAGAUCAGGGUUCGGUUGAUUGCGGAACAAAUGGCUGACCUACUACCUUCGAACCCUAGUGAUUCAUUCCUGUUUCCAGAAAAAUCUUUUGCUAAUCAGACACAAAGCCACGUGCCUCCUGAUUUUUCAUCGCAAGGUUUCAAUUGUGAAGCUAGUUUACAUAAUCCCAUUUUACGUCAAUCACAAACGUGCUCAAAUCUCGGGGAUAACAAAGUUAUUGAAACUUUACCGCAGCCUCAUUGCAUGACGACGUUCAAAUCUCAUCUUUUUUCCAAAGCAUCUGAUAAACAAGAAUCAGACUUGAAAAUAAAUUUGCAUUCUGACAAGUUGGCAUGUUCUCUAAAUAACAAUGAUAUUUCAGAAACAUCCUUUGUUGCGACCCAUCGGAAUCGAAAAAGUUUAUUGAAUUCAGAAAUCGGAAAAAAUACUCCAGGUUCCAUAGAAGAUCAACAUAUACCGGGACUUGAAACUAGUGCAAGUGUUUAUAAAAAGCUUUCAAGCCAACAAGAAGACUCAAAACUCCGUGACUCCCAAUAUUGCGAAGAGUCCCUUGAAGCUCGCAUACAAAAAUUGCUGAAACUGAAUUGCGUAAAACCAGCUCCUGAGUUAAAGGAUGCUCAAAAUAUCCCAGUGGUUUCAGAUCAUAAUCCUAAAGUCACUGGCAAUCUUCCGGUUUCUUUUGAAGCAUGUAUUUCGACCAAUGCACGUUUCAAGUCGGACGAUAUAAAACGGUUGGAACUCCCUCCGAAUCCAGUGAUUCAAAAAGGAAACACUCAUUCUGAUGCAUCGAAAAGUACACGAGUAGUAACGAGUCCUUCAUCCAGCCGACGCACGCUUUUACCUACUCCUGAUGGAUCAAGUGAGAAUGCCAAGACAUCUUUGUUCAACCUUCAUCGUCCACCUCUUUUAAAAACUCCUUAUAAAGCUGUGGAUGUCCAUGAAGUUAUAAAAAUCAUCGAUGACGUAUAUAUGGUUUUUGUGGACGAGUUACGUGGAAUAAUACACCGGGAUAUUACGCGGAAACUUGUUGAAGGUCAAGCAUUCAAAUUAUUUUCCGAUUGGUGGGAUUCGAAGGAACAAGACUGCAGACAAACUAAUGUCUGUAGUCAUCACAAUAUUAAAGAGGAGAGUGUGAGUAGUAAUAUUGUAGACCAUCCAAAUACAUCUCAUGACUCCACCGUUGCAUCACGUCAAAAUCAGAGUACUAGUGGGAACAUAUCCAAUCCCUCAUCUGCUCCUAUUCCAGUCUCUUCCAAUAUUCCUGUAUCAACUAUGUCUGACAAUAACUCCGUAUCUUCGAACUUCAAACUUUUUGGUUUGGGUAUGUUUACAACCUUACGAUCUGCUUUGCCAAAAAUUAAACGCAAACCUCGUCCACCCAGUCCCGAGCCACCACCUUCAAGCGAGGUGGCUUCCGCAUCAAAAAGUGAGUCUCAUACCGACUAUCAAAAUGGAAAAAAUGUAAAUUCUCAGGGUAAGACUGAAUUGAAGCUAAAGAAGUCUCCGGUUUGGAAAAAUAAUGAUUCCCGAAUACAAAAAGGAAGUGACACAUCAAGUUCCGAGGAGGAUAAUGGUGAAAUAAAUAUUCAUAGUAAAGUCCUCUCCGAAACUUCAGGUAGCGAAAGUUCCACGGAACAAUCAGAUCAAAUGACUAGUGAUCGUGUACGAAACCUUUGCAACCCAAAGAAACAUCAGGAUAGGUUUAGUGAUCAUCAGUUUCGAAAACGCUCUGUAACCUCCAAGUCAAAUGAAAAGUGUGAAUACCUUCGGUCAGAAUCUAAAUUCCUUUCUAAAUCAAGUCAUUCUCCUGAAAAUAUUCACACAAGCGAUUAUACUUCGUCAGAUAAUGAUAGUGAACUCAUUUCUCCUUCAAAAUCCUUUCAGCAUGUUCGGUCUCGUAGACGACAUGCGCGUGUUUCAGAUGUGUUUUCGAAAAGCGAUUCGAAAAGUCCUAUUGGGUCAAGUUUACCGUCUGACAGUGAAAGUUCAGAUCCAUCAACUGAACCACAAAAUAACCCCGAUGGAGCUCAAAGAUUCACAAAACCUUCAUCGGAUGAACUUUCUGAGAUUUCAGAUUGUAAAUCAGACUCUUCUAAUCGUGAUCGUUUAUCACCUGUAGAUAUUUCAAACCUUAAACCCACACAGAACAGAAAUUCUAACGAUUCAAAUUCUUCACCAAUUUCUUCUCAACCAGAGAAUGCAUUAGAUUCUGAAGAAAAUGAGGAAACAGCGGUAACUGUCGAUGAUAAAACCCACAAACCUGAAAAUGGUACUACCUUUCGGCUAUCACCUGUCUCCAAGCCUGGUGGUUGCCCUGUUCAAGAAGUUCAACGCAGAAGAGGUCGACCUCGAAAAGACAACCAAUUAUCACCUAAACAUUCGUCUCAUUUCAGUCCACAAAAGUUGUCUGGUUUUGGAGAUUCUUUAGUUUCUACAGAAUCUAGUUCUGAAGACGAUAUGCUCAAGAUGAAUGAUGUUAGAUCCUGCGAUUUCUCUACUUGUGAUCGUAUUCCUUCAAAAGUUAACCAAGUGAAUCAUCAAUCAAACACUGAUUGGUCUAUAUUACGUGCAUCUUUGGAACUCCAAUCUUCAGAUUAUACUACUAUCCCUUUAACGCACAACUCUCAAUUAUCUGGAGGUUCACGUAGAAAACAGAAUCUUGGUAACUUAUGCAGAAACAAUAUGAGCUUUUUGUCAACUAUCGAUCAAAAAAAUAAAUCAUCAUUUCCAGACACUGAUAUUCCUCAAAAAAUUGGUUUGAUUUCCGAUCAAAAACUUAACAAAUAUCCUCUGUACUAUUCUCCGGGAACCCCUGUCUCAUCACUGCAGCCAAAGGAUCGUGAAAACUUGAGGCUAUCUGAGAAUGAUAUCAAGUCAGAUAAUUUGGAUGGAGAAAGUACGGAUAGUGCUUCAGUAGAAUCUGUAGAUAUUGUAGAAACUGUGGAGUACAAAUAUAUGUGGCCUGAAUCUCUUCUUACUGAGCAUAAUUAUUUUCGUGUUCCUGAAAUUGGAUCUGUCAUUCAUUAUCGAUCUACUAGGAAAUUAACUAAACACAAUCUAAAGUCGAAGGAUGGUUUUGUUGACACUCACUUAUCUACAACGGAUAAUUUACGAAAACGCUCUUGGCCAAAUGACCCAAUGUAUGUUAGUGGUGACGUCAGUGAUGAUAAUUCCCAUGAUUCUCCGAAGUGGUUCAAGCUGUCGAAGCGUUCGAAUGUUUCGGAGUUACAGAAUGAAGAGGUUUCUGGGAGUUGUAAAGCUGAUUUGAAAUCUAAUAAUCUUUUGAGGGAGGAUAAUAAAAAACCGAAGUAUAUUGAAGCGAAAUCUGAAACACCGAAAGUUCGUGGGUCACGUGAACUAGCUAACCUUUUGGCGCCAGUACCUAAAUCUGAAAUUCGUCGUGUUAUGGAAGAAUCUCACGGUUCACUGAAAGAAGACAUUUACAAACGUAUGUCUGGGGGAAAAAAUCUCCCUCGAUCACAAUUACAUUUUCAACCAAGGUCGGCCUCUGAAGAAGAUUACAUACUGAGGAGUAUUCUUGUUCUUGGUAUGGAUACGGAAGAUAUUGGUUUUAUGUGUGAAGCCCAUCAAUUUCUGCUAAAUAAAUGCCAUUCACCACUAGAUAUCACUUCACAUGAAAAUUUAAAGGAAAAUGAUGUUUGCAUGAAUCCUAACGUCGAUCCUCGUGUUGUAAAUAUUAUAAACCUUUCGCAUUGGGUUGAGCAUCCACCUACACUUAUUGCUGAUCCCAUCACUGUGAAAACGUACAUUAACAAUAAUGGACACCUUGUUAAUUCACGCAGUUUAUGGUCAAGUCGACGGAAAUCUGAGCGUCGACGAUACCAAGACAAACUAUUGUGCUCUAAAAAUCCCACAUCCAAAUUGUCUUCUACUCACCGGAAAUCCUCCGCGCGAUCAUCGGAUUCAGAUGACCUUUGUUCCUCUUUAUCCGAUCAAUCACUAAAUUACCUUUCUGAUGAAAAACACAAAAGGGACUUAAACAACCAGUCAGUAUUUAAAAAGGCAUGUUCUCUCACUUACUCACCUGUAAAUACUUCACUUGGUCAUAAUCCAAAACGUUCGUAUCCUAAAUUCGAUAAUCAAAUAUUAGCGGUAGCGAACUAUGCUGCUUCCUUAAAUGAGAAUGUUGGUAUAGUUGGAGAUAGUGUUGAUAUUCACCUCGGUCCUGCAGCUUGUUUACCUCCAAUUCAUUCAUCAGGGUCGGCUCGAACACAAGGCUAUUACCGAAUGCCUACUGAAGAAAGAUUUAGGCGUCCUUGGUGCGUUGGUCGAAGUUUAAUUGGAGAAGACGGUCGUCGUCGCCCUAUUCCUUUAAUGCCUGCAACUGUACAAGCACAACUCGGAGGAGAUGCAGCAUUACAAGCCCUUGGUGAAAAUAUCGAAGAGCGUUUGACUGAACAAGCAUCUGAAGCCAAGAAAAAACAACUCACUCAAUUUCGAGAAGCUCGAUCUGUUCAACGUCGAUUGUUAGCUGAAUUUCAAGAUAUUGAAACAGGCGAUCUACUUAAAUUUAAUCAACUGAAGUUUCGUAAAAAGCAGCUUAUAUUUGCCAAAUCACCUAUACAUGCAUGGGGCCUUAUUGCUUUGGAGCCGAUAGCUGCCGAAGAAAUGGUAAUAGAAUAUGUUGGUCAUGUGGUUCGCAAGGGUGUCGCUGAACUGCGAGAACAUCAGUAUGAAGCCAAAGGAAUUGGUGGUUCUUAUCUUUUCCGGAUUGAUGAUGAUUUUGUGAUUGAUGCCACAAUGUGCGGCAACAAUGCUCGAUUUAUCAACCAUAGUUGUCAGCCUAAUUGCUAUGCCAAGAUAAUAAUGGUCGAAAGCAAAAAGAAAAUUGUUAUAUAUUCUAAAAGAGAUAUUAAUGUAAUGGAAGAAAUCACGUAUGACUACAAAUUUCCUUAUGAAGACGAGAAGAUACCAUGUCAAUGUGGAUCAUCAUCUUGCCGUGGAACACUUAAUUAGGAGACCUACUUAGACGUUUUUUGUGUCAGAGUCAGAAUAGAUGUAUAUAGAUUUGUAAGUAAUUAUUACUUUCUUUUCAAAAUCUUCUUGUUCUUUGAGGAUUAAUUAUCAUUUCUUUUUUUCUGUACAUACAUUCUUUUGUUAUUUUCUUAUGGUGUAUGAAUCUUGAUUGCACUAAUUUUUAGAAACAAUUUUCAUUUUUAAUUCCAAUUAAAUAUUCGUACCAGAUUUGUUUAUUGAAGAUCAAUUUCAUCCUUAACAUAUUAGGCAGCUCUAUGAGCCUUUGUUCUUUUUUUACUUAUUCCCCAUAAGGCUGUGUUUGUCUCUGAUACUAUGUACAAUGCAUCCUUUUCGUUCAUAAUGGAUGGGACUGAUAGUUUUAAUGAAGUCCCUUUAUGAUUUCAAUAAGUAACUAUCUGGAUCUUUUGCUAGGUGUGGAGCAUCAAAUCUGUUUGAAAAUCAUUCUUAGAUUAAAUCCGAUACUUUAUUCUAUUAACAUUUGCUUUCGAC